UGUCGAACAGGUCGGUCACCUGACGCAAUGUGUCAGGUACUUUUCGUGGUAAAUACGAGCGAAUUUAAGAAAUUCAGAUUUUAUUUUAUUUCUAGUUAUACAAAAGGGAAUGAAUGACUAAUACACGUGGAUAAACAUAAUCAUACGGCAAUAGUAAGGAGAAGCCAGCGGGAUUUUUUGAAAGGGUGUAGGCUACCUGUUGAUACUUCCUUCAAAUUUGCGUGAUAAACCGAAACUGGAGUAAAUCUACAUGGCUUUUAAAAUUAUGGCUCAUUCACACAUAUGUGUUGGUUUGCUGACAUUCCUGCACCUGGCUGUGGCAAGAGUUAUCUACAACAAUAACAAUGUGUUUCUCCAGGACCAGGCUGCCAUGUCCUUCCUGUCUCGGUCUCUUCUUUACAACAACUUGGACUUGGAGCUGGUUGUGCCAGACAACCUGGAAAGGGAGUGUAUGGAGGAAAUUUGCUGUUAUGAGGAGGCACGGGAGGUCUUUGAAGAUGACACGCUGACGGCAAAAUUCUGGAAGGAUUACACCAACAGCCAAGAGUCUGCUCCAGCAGUGGAUGUGUCAGGCUUGGUGGCAGGGAUCGUGGCCAUACUGGUGUCUGGCCUUAUCGCUACUGUGGUGGGCUGCUAUUAUUACAAGGGGAGGGCCAAGACUAGGAGGACACAGGGCCGUGCUGCUGUGACAUCUGCAAAUGCUGCGUCACCCCCUGAGUCAGUGCCCUUGUCCGGGACAGCAGCUCCUGGACUGCCUUCCUACAACGAGGCCCUCAGUCGCAGCGGCCAGCAUGACGCCCCCCCCGCCCCCUUACUCCGGUGGGGCCCCCUCAGAGAUAGUAGAAAAUCCAGCAGCUGAAGCCGCUGAUGAUUGAAGAGGAGGAAGAGGAUGAAAAGAAGGAGAAGACAACUCUAGAGAGACAGAGAAGAGAACAAUCUGUGAAAAUAAGGGAUGGGGAAAAAUGGGGUUAGGGCUAGAAGGGUUGAGCAGUAGGUCAUAAUACUGGAUGUGCAAAAUAGUUACUAAUUUUCUCAUCCAGUGUUGUUAUUGUUAUGUUGCUUGUCAUUGAUUCCGCAAAAGGUUUUAUAAUGCUUUCAGCUGCCAUUAUGCUGCCACACCCAUUCAUAUAUUGAUAUUGGUUGAUGUUGUGCAUUUACAA